UCGUUAGUCUUUGAUCAAGCUGUUUGUUUGUUUAAAAUUAAUUUUGAAUUCUCUCUUGUCAGUGUGAGAAGGAAUAUCAUGUUGGUUGCUUAAAGGAUCAUAAUAUGGCAGACCUUACGGAAUUGCCGGAUGGGAAAUGGUUUUGUAGCAUGGAUUGUAGAAGGGUUGAAUCUUCUUUGCAGAAUCUUCUGGUUCGAGGAGUUGAAAAGCUUCCUAAAUCUCUUGUGGAUAUCAUCCGGAAAAAGAACAUGCACAUUGGUUCUGAUAGUGGAUCUGAUUUGGAAGUAAGCUGGAGACUUCUCAGUGGAAAGAUUGCAUCUCCUGAAACUAGACCUUUGCUCUCGCAGGCUGUAGCUAUUUUCCAUGAAUCUUUUGCCCCAAUCAUUGAUGUAGUGUCUGGACAUGACCUUAUACCUGCAAUGGUUUACGGGAGGAAUGUGGGUGGCCAAGAAUACGGAGGGAUGUACUGUGCUGUGUUAACCGCCAACGAAGUGGUUGUAUCAGCUGGAAUAUUCCGAAUAUUUGGUCCAGAUGUUGCAGAGCUCCCGUUGGUCGCAACAAGCAGUGGUAAUCAUGGCAAAAAGUAG